UGAAAGUUUUUGCUAUACAGAUGUAUUUUGCCUAAUAUUUAAUAGUUAAUACACAACAAAUGGCUUGUAUUGAUUACACAAAGAUAGGGGAAAAGAAUAAAGAAUGGUUGUCUUAAGGUUUACAACAAUCUGGUUAUUAAGAGAUGUUGCAUUCCUGCGGAACUCCCUGCGGGAAUCUCUUGUUAUCAGCGCAGUAGUUGUAGAUCAUGUAGUUCUUCUGCGCCCAUUUCAGCCUCUCCUGGCUCGUGCUGUCCAGCUCCUCCGACAACCAUUCGGCGGAAGAGGAAUCCGGAGUUGAUGCUGUUCCCGAGCAAGAAGACUUGCCAUUGGUCCACACGCAGGCAUUGGCAUUGAAGUUGCGGUAGGAAGCGGUGAACGGAGCAUUCGACCAAUCCGUCUUCACCAGGCCGCCCCUUGUAGCCCAGUCGUCAGCGUUCCACAGGCUGGAGUA